AUGGGGUCCGUUUUCGGCACUCAACCACCCCACGAUGUCCACUUUGCACGUUCAGAUAUAUUGGUUUCCGAUGAUGUCCUAGAGAGAAUGAUGCAUCACCAAAGCAGCGUCCCCCCUGUCGAAUCAAAACCUAUAGCUGCCCCGGCGCCCCCAAUUGCUGAACCGCCUCCUCCGCCUGCUGAGGAUACAUCCUCUACCUUCAGACUUUCUCACUCCUUGGAUGACAUCGAGCGGAGAUUUGAAGCCCGUCUCAAGAAAAUAGAACAGCGAGAUGACUCUUUUCUCAAGGCGGCUGAAGCUGAAUUCAUUCGGGUUGUUGACCGUCUUGAGGCCAAGUACCUGAAAGGUUCCUCCGAGGCCUGUUGUUUGGAUGCGCAAAAGCAAGUUAUGGAUUGCUACAAGGCCAAUGGAAAGCAGUCACUGAACUGUAACAAGGAGGUGAACGAAUUUGUUUGUUGCGUGGCAAACUUUCGUGCGGUGAGUAGCCAGUCCCUCUAUCUUAUAUUUUCUUGGUCUUUCUCCCCUCCGCCCUGCCAGGUGAUAGUCCUUGAUGGAUCCCAUUGA